AAAUCACUUCACUCUCUCACACACACCGUGCAGCCGCGCGAGGUGAGCCGUGUAGCACGAGAACCCAAGGCAGCCCAUUGAAGAGUCAGUGAACGGGAGGUGACUGUCACUGCCACUGGCAACUAAUGGACAUAGCAUGUUGUGAUUUUGUUCGUUUUUUUUUCUUUCUUUCAUCCUCUUAUUCUUCUCUGGAAUCUUCUAUCACUGGGACAUACUGAGGAUGCUUUCAUUCUAGAUAAACAUAUUCCAGGCAAAGCCCACGGAAUGCUGUGAAACCGGUCCGAAGACUGGUCCGUAGGGUCCCUGUAGCCCAUCCACAGAAAAAGGGAAAACAUUUAAUGUACGGCUACUGGUUUUAACAAAAAAUUGUUUCCUGCUUGCUUUCAAAAAACACGAUUAUCAGGGGGAUUGACAUUCAGUGGAGCGUCGUUGGAUUGGAAGGAAUAAUUGAUAGGUUUUGAUCAAUUGGAUACAUUUUAUCUCAGUUGUUCAUGAAUUGUGGAUUCCUAAUUGUGGGGAGAUUUGAGGGCUGAAGUGGCUUCGUCUAGCCCGGCAGAAGCGUUCAGAAGAAUACCGAGGACCGGUCAUCCAUUCAAGGAGACCGAUGUGGGGCGGAGUGAUGGCGUGGAGGCGGGGCUUGGCGUUGGGGCGGGGCUUGGCGUUGGGGCGGGGCUUGGCGUUGGGGCUGGUCGCUGUGCUGCUAGGGAGUUGCGGCGCAGCUCCGACAGACAUCCUCUACCGGGUCCCUGAGGAGCAGCCUCCCAACACGCUGAUCGGCAGCCUGGCCUCAGACGAGGGCCUCCCAGACACGGGUCACCUGUACAAGCUGGAGGUCGGCACCCCAUUCCUGCGAGUGGACGGCAAGACGGGCGACAUCUACACCACGGAGAUCCCCAUCGACCGCGAGACCCUGAGGGACUGCAGGAACCUGUUUGAGGGUGACAAGUGCUUCCUGGAGUUCGAGGUGUCCAUCACCGACCUCAUCAAGGGCCAGGGCCCCAGGCUGAUCGAGGGCCGCAUCGAGGUGCAGGACGUGAACGACAACACGCCGCAGUUCGCCUCCCCCAUCCUCACGCUGUCCAUCCCGGAGAACACGCACAUCGGAGCGCUGUUCUCCAUCCCCAUGGCCAGCGACAGGGACUCCGGAAGGAACGGCGUGGCCGAGUACUCGCUGAGCGCCGGGCCGGACGCCGACCAGCUGUUCAGCCUGCAGGUGGCCGAGGACACGGACGAGAGGCUGCCGCAGCUCAUCGUCAUGGGCAACCUGGACCGCGAGCAGAAGGACUCGUACGACCUCAACAUCCGCGUGGUGGACGGGGGCGUGCCUCCGCGGGCCAGCAGUGCUCUGCUGAGGGUCACCGUCACUGACCAGAACGACAACGCUCCCAAGUUCGAGAGGAGCCACUACGAGGGGGAGCUGCCAGAAAACAGCCCGCUGGGACACUCUGUACUCCAGGUGAAGGCCAAUGACGCUGACAUGGGCAACAACGGAGAGAUCGACUACAGCCUCCACCAGGCGUCCGAGACCGUUCAGAGGCUUCUGCGCAUCGACCGCUCCACUGGCAUCAUCUACGUCAAGGGUCUGGUGGACCGCGAGGAGGAAAACUUCCUCAAGUUCUCUGUGGUGGCCAAGGACCGCGGGCCCAACUCCAAGAACUCCAAGGUACUGGUGACCCUGAACGUCAAGGACCAGAACGACAACGCCCCCGCCAUCGAGAUCCGGGGUAUUGGCCUGGUGACGCACCACGACGGCGUGGCCAACAUCUCUGAAGACAUGCCCAUUGGCACCCCGGUGGCGCUCGUCCAGGUGUCGGACCGUGACGAGGGCGAGAACGCCGUGGUGACCUGCGUGGUGGCUGGUGACGUCCCCUUCCAGCUCCGCCCCGCCAGCGAGUCGGCCAACGAUCGCAAGAGGAAGUACUUCCUGCAGACGACCACCCUGCUGGACUACGAGCGCAUCAAGGACUACAGGAUCGAGAUCGUAGCGGUGGACUCUGGCAACCCUGCCCUCUCCAGCACCAACUCCCUGAAGGUACAGGUGACGGACAUGAACGACAACGCCCCCGUCUUCUCCCCAACCGUGUUCGAGGUGGAGUUUGCAGAGGAGAACCAGCCGGGAGACAAAGUUCUGGAUGUGAUCGCCACAGAUGCGGACAGUGGCUCCAACGCAGAGCUGACCUACAGCAUCAUGAUGGACUCUGCCACCAAGGGGCUGUUCCAGAUUGACCCCAACACCGGAGAGGUGCGCGUGAGGAACCAGCUGGAUCGGGAGCACAGGGAACGCUACGAGUUCCACGUGGCCGCCUCCGACAAGGGCGUCCCCAGUCUGAGGGGAACCGCCACGGUCGUGGUCAAGGUUCUGGACCGUAACGACAACGACCCCAAGUUCAUGUUGAGUGGCUACAGCUUCUCUGUGCUGGAGAACAUGCCACCGCUCAGCCCUGUCGGCAUGGUGACAGUCAUCGACGCAGACAAGGGGGAGAAUGCCAGGGUGCAUCUGUCCGUCGAACCCGACAACGGCAAGUUCAUUAUUCAAAACGGCACGGGCACCAUCCUGUCCAGCAUCUCCUUCGACCGGGAGAAGGAGUGCACCUACACCUUCCGUCUGAAGGCGGUGGAUGCCGGCGACCCGCCGCGGUCCUCCUACGUGGGCGUCACCAUCAACGUCCUGGACGAGAACGACAACGCACCCUACGUUACCAAGCCGUCCAACUCCACCUACAAGUACCUGCCUCCUGUCACCGCGCCAGACACCGUGGUGGAAGUGGUGGAGGCCGAGGACAUGGACACCGGACCCAAUGCCGAUCUGCUCUACAGCAUCACAGGCGGAAACCCUCACGGACUGUUCCACAUCUCCCCAACCGGGGGGGAGAUCAUCCUGGCCCAGGAGUUCACCCGCAAGCACAACGGUCUCCACCGCCUGGUGGUCAAGGUGAGCGACAAAGGCAAGCCACCGCGCCACACCACCGCCCUGGUCCACAUCUUCGUGAAUGAGACCAUCGGGAAUGUCACCCUCAUAGAGUCCCUGGUGGGCCACAGCCUGUACACCCCGCUGGACAGGGACAUCGCCGGCGACCCCAACUACGCACUGGCACAGCGCAGCAACAUUGUGUACGGCAGCCUGGCGGGCGUGGCCGGGGUCAUCCUGGUCAUCGUGGCGGUGGUGGUCAUCAGGCACCGCCUGCAGAAGGACACCAAGAGCGGCUACCAGGCCGGCAAGAAGGAGAGCAAAGACCUGUACGCCCCCAAGCAGGGGCCCAAGAGCAGCAAGGGCAAGAAGAACAAGAAGGGGAAAGCCCCCAAGCCGGCCAAGCCCCUGGAGGAGGACGAGGAGGCCAGCCUCCAGAAGGGCCUCAAGUUCAACCUCAUCAAUGACAAUGUCAACGACAGCCCCCGGAUCCACCUGCCCCUCAACUACCCCCCAGGCAGCCCUGACCUGGGCAGGCACUACCGCUCCAACUCCCCCCUGCCCUCCAUCCAGCUGCAGCCCCAGUCUCCCUCCGCCUCCAAGAAGCACCAGGCUGUCCAGGAGCUCCCUGCCACCAACACCUUUGUGGGAACUGGCGACAACACCUCGACAGGCUCGGACCAAUACUCGGAUUACAGCUACAAGGCCAACCUGCCGAAAUACAGCAGCAAACAGGUAGGAGACUACUUUGCAAACACCACAGGGUACAACAGGAACAUCAUGUGGACCAAUGAGGUGUGGUAGACAUGGGACGGAUUCUCUGAGAUCUGCUACCACCAAAGCUGCACUGAUCACUGGCCUGGCUUAGGCAUCAUGCCACCUUCACCUCCACGUGGGCAUGCUCGCCCUUACAUAGGUUGAUCUGACUUGUUUUCAGUUUGUUUUCAGUUUUCUCAUAAUGCAAUGGACUCACUACACACGCUUAAUGAAGGAGAUUCCUUGUUUUUUAAUGGGUGGUAAAUGAAGGAAAUAAUUUUCAUUCUUUUUUGGGGGGUUUGUUUUUUAUUGUUUGUGGCAUGUCCUUUGCCGGGCAACAAGUUACUUAUUACUCACACACACUCAUUAUAUUUGAAUGUGAUUUAAGGAAUUUGUUGGUUUCAUAGUCUCUCUCUUUAUGGCUUGGCCAUAUGACCCUUCACCCAAGCUAAAUUGCACUUUUUAGAGCUGGGGUUCAAAACAUCGAAAGCCUUUUUCAGCUUAGGUGCAGGACCAGGGGG